AUGAAGGGAGUACAUGUGGUGCUCCUACAGGAGACACACAGUACUGCAGAGAUAGAGUCAGACUGGAGGAGGGAGUGGGGGGGCCAGCUGGUCCUCAGCCAUGGCUCCUCCUCCAGUGCAGGAGUAGCAGUUUUGUUCUCCAGGAGGUGUCUUCCAGUGAGUGUAGAGACUGAGGAGGUGGUAGCGGGCCGCCUGCUCCUCCUCGGAUCUGCUGGAGCUAACAUUAUGAGACUUGUGGUGAAAUUAAGGGACUGCACAGACUCUGGGGACGUCCUGUUUGUGGCCGGGGACUGGAACUGUACAGUAGAACAGGACAGGAACCAGGCUCAGGCUGAGGCGGCUGCUGGAGGCCCACAGUCUGGAGGACGUGUGGAGGACUCUGCACCCAGGGGUCCGUGA